CAUAGAUCCCAGGGCCGUCAUCUUCUUAGACGAUCAAUUUUGAAGCAAGGAAGUUGACAAUUUGAAGAAGUUUGUCAAGGAAAAUGGAGUUAGUUCAGUCUGCUGCGUGUUCGUCUUCUACUCCCAAGUUCAGCCCUCGCGUCUACUCAUCGCUAAUUCCGAAGAGAAGAUUCCAGAGGAAUAGCUGUUUCAUCGGUAAGAAUGAGGUGAAAAAUUACGGAAUGGCGAAACUGCUCGUUGUUCGAGCUGCCGACGGAGCUACGGAAGUUGAGACUGCGGUGUUGGUAGAGAAGCAGACAUUGCGUCGAUUCAAGACGUUCGCGGGCAAUCCAACGCCGUUUGGAGCAACCGCUUGUGAUGACGGAGUGAAUUUCGCUGUUUGCUCUAGCAAAGCUAUGACUGUCACUCUUUGUUUGAUAAGGCUUUCGGAUUUGCAGGAGAAAAAUGUAACAGAGAUCUUUCUUGAUCCUAAGAUUAACAAGACAGGAAUUAUCUGGCAUGUGCUUGUGAAAGGAGACUUCAAAGAUAUGCUAUAUGGCUAUAGAUUCGAUGGGAAGUUUUCUCCGCAUGAAGGACAAUACUAUGAUUCUUCUAAGAUACUGCUGGAUCCUUAUGCUAAAGCUGUUCUAAGCAGAGAGAAGUUUGGUAUCCUUGGACCCGGGGAUGAUUGUUGGCCCCAAAUGGCUGGCAUGGUUCCUUCUUCUGCUAAUGAUGAGUUUGAUUGGGAAGGAGAUGUACCACUAAUGUUUCCACAAAGACCUCUUUUAAUAUAUGAAAUGCACGUUCGUGGGUUUACAAUGCAUGAGUCAUCCGGUUCAAGCUUUCCUGGUACAUAUCUGGGUGUAGUGGAGAAACUUGAUCACUUGAAGGAACUUGGUGUCAACUGUAUAGAGUUGAUGCCUUGUCACGAGUUCAACGAGCUGGAGUAUCAUGGCUACAACCCUGUCCUGGGUGACUAUAAAGUAAACUUUUGGGGAUAUUCAACAAUCAAUUACUUUUCCCCAAUGAUAAGAUACUCAGCAGCUGGAAAUCAAGACUGUGGCCAAGGUGCAAUAAAUGAAUUUAAAACACUUGUUAAGGAAGCGCACAAAAGAGGAAUUGAGGUGAUCAUGGAUGUUGUUUUCAAUCAUACUGCUGAAGGGAAUGAAAAGGGUCUAAACUUAUCUUUCAGAGGUGUUGAUAACAAUGUCUUUUACAUGCUUGCACCAAAGGGAGAAUUCUAUAACUAUUCUGGUUGUGGUAACACAUUCAAUUGCAACCAUCCAAUUGUCCGGAAGUUCAUAUUGGAUUGCUUGAGAUAUUGGGUAUUGGUGAUGCAUGUAGAUGGAUUUCGUUUUGAUCUUGCUUCCAUCAUGACAAGAGCGAGUAGUUUAUGGGACACUGAUAAUAUUUAUGGGAGCAUCAUAGAUGGUGACAAUAUAACAACUGGUACCCCUCUGGAGAAUCCCCCAUUGAUUGAUAUGAUAAGUAAUGAUCCAAUACUUCGUGAAGUGAAGCUUAUAGCUGAAGCAUGGGAUUGUGGAGGCCUUUACCAAGUAGGAAAUUUUCCACAUUGGGGAAUCUGGUCUGAAUGGAAUGGAAAGUAUCGUGAUGUUGUACGGCAGUUUAUCAAGGGUACAGAUGGAUUUGCAGGGGCUUUUGCAGAGUGUCUCUGUGGAAGUCCUAAUUUGUACAAGGAAGGUGGGAGGAAGCCAUGGAACAGUAUAAAUUUUGUUUGCGCACAUGAUGGUUUUACUUUAGCCGACUUGGUGUCCUACAAUGAAAAGCAUAACAUGUCAAAUGCGGAAAACAACAAUGAUGGAGAGAACCACAAUAACAGUUGGAACUGUGGAGAGGAGGGUGAAUUUGCCAGCAUCUCUGUCAAGAAGUUGAGGAGACGGCAAAUGAGGAACUUUUUUGUUUGCCUCAUGGUUUCUCAUGGUGUCCCCAUGAUUUAUAUGGGGGAUGAAUAUGGCCAUACAAAAGGAGGCAAUAACAAUUCAUACUGCCAUGACAACUUGAUGAAUUACUUUCGAUGGGAUAAAAAGGAAGAGGCUUCUUCUGAUUUCUUCAGAUUUUGCCGCCUGUUGAUCAAGUUCCGCCAUCAAUGUCAAUCACUCUGUUUAAACAACUUCCCCACUUCAGAGAGAUUAGAAUGGCAUGGCCAUACCCCCGGGCUUCCAGAUUGGUCUGAAACAAGCCGGUUUGUGGCAUUCACUUUGACCGACCCUGUGAAAGGGCAAGAAAUCUACAUUGGUUUCAACACCAGUCAUUUACCGGUCACCAUUACACUACCAGAACGGCCUGGUUACAAAUGGGAACCACUGGUGGACACAAGCAAGCCAGCGCCAUUUGAUUUCAUGGCGAACGAUCUUCCUGAAAAGGAGAUUGCGAUUAAACAGUAUAAAAACUUUCUUGAUGCUAAUCUAUAUCCUAUGAUUAGCUAUUCCUCCAUUAUUCUGCAGCUAUCUCCCGAUGAUAGUAAUAAUAAUAGUGAUUAGUGUAAAAUCCCAUGAUUCCAACCAGACUUGUCAAGGGCCAUGUAAAUAACAUGCAUAUAUUCUUGGUAGAACAAGAAAGGAAGGGUUGGAGUAUAUAAAAAAUAGUAAAAUACCCAUUUGACCAUUAUUAUAAUAGAAUACUACUAAAAAUUUUAGUCUCUUCUGUGAAAACACACUUUUUGUAUUUCCUUUUUCAAUAGUAAAGACAAUCUCUUGUA